AGGCGGCAUCGUCAUCAGAUGAGGCCUCCUUUUCCGUCCCCUUGGCAGAAAAUUGAUUAUGUUGAUGGCGAGGCAGCUUCUUGUUGGUCAGCUCUGUCUGGUGAUUGGCAGUGGCUGUCUCUGGAUCAACGAUUGGCACCACAUAGACGUCCCGGACUGACGGGGACAGACAGUUGGACAGCAAACUGACAGCGCCAACCGACUGCGAGCCCCAGCUCCAGCCCCACGUCCAGUCUUCCAUCGAGGUCCCUUUGUCGGUGGAAAGUGCAGCCGGACAUAACACAGGCUUCUCCCAGCUGUCAGUCCGAGGCACUUUACAUAACAUAUUCUCCUACGAGCAUGAUUCAAAUAAAAGGUACCCCAAUCGCAAAGCAGGCCUCGAAGUAGGCCUUUAAUUGGACGUUACAGGAACCCCACCCGUUCGUCAUAAACAGUCGGGCUUUGGAAGGAAGCACAUCUCGAAAAAAAAAAUAAAAAAAAAAUCUGUAAAAUCGUUGUGAAAAAAGUAAAAAUGUCUGAUGUGAAAAUAAAAUUCGAUUGGGGCGACGCCAGUGUGGAUCAGCCCAUGCCACAGGCCUUCAAGGAGAAGGAGGUGGCCAAGGCCGGCUGCCACACCCCCCGGGUCUACCGCUUCAAGGACAUCUACGAGGGCAAGAGGAAGCAGCAGCUGAGCAAGUGCCUCGAGGCGGAGCGCAAGCAGCGCGAGCUCCACAGCCGUCCAGUGCCCAACUUUCCCCAGAUCCACGAGCGCCAGGCGGCCAAGCCCGUCGUCCACCGUGUCACCCAGCCGGUCACCCCCAACGUGCUCAAGAACUCUGCUCCGGCGGAGAUGAGGCGCCGCCAGCGGCUGGAGGAGCAGCGCCUCCGUAAGGAGCGUGAGGACUACCAGAAGCACCGCCAGUUGACCACGUUCCGGGCUAGUCCCAGCCCGUUCAGCACUACGCCACGUUAGUGGGGAGUGGCCUUCCUUUUUCCCGUCAUCCCUUUGCCCCUUUUUCAAUUUUGAUUUGUUUCUUUGUUUUUAAAUUGUUGUUCAAAUUUGUUUUGUUGUUCGAAGAAAUUAAAUUACUAUAAUCAGCACAGACGUACACCCAUGAGUGCAUGAGUGUGAAUGACUGCACAAUCAAUUUGUUCGGCAUACCCUUGGCGAGGGGUACACCACCAAAGGGUCGAAACGAAACGCACUACAACGAAAUCCACCUCGAAAGGGUAUCCCUCAGUUCGGUCUCCCAGGCGAGACCCAUUUUCUGGUUUAAAAUGGCUCGGGUCGGUGGCU